AUGCCUGCAGAUCAAAUCCAGUACUCAGAGAAGUAUUUUGAUGACAAAUUCGAGUACAGGCAUGUUAUUCUGCCUUCCGAUUUGGCCAAGCAUGUGCCCAAGGCGCAUCUGAUGACUGAAACGGAGUGGCGCAAUCUUGGCGUACAGCAGAGUCCCGGCUGGGUCCAUUACAUGAUGCACGCACCAGAGCCCCAUGUGAUUCUGUUCCGCCGCAAACGCGUCGGGGAAGAGAACGCGCCGCAGGUGUCGUCUCAACAAGCGGCAGCCUGUGUAUAAAGCCAGACAUAACAGCACCCACCAACUCACACAAGUAUUCCAUAAGACAAAUUUAUCAGAACAUCCUGAUGUAAAAUAAGUAUAACCCAUUAGCUUUAAGAGU